AUGGCUAAGAGAAUACUGGGCUUAAGUCGGAAACGUUCCGAAAACAACGAAGAAGCUAGUACAGCUGAUUCUUCUAAUGUACGAUCAUCACCUGGUUCCCCGCCGCUGCGUUCCGAUGAAAAUGAGAUGGAUACUACGAACGUAAUCAAAAGUGAUGAUUCGUCAAGUAGGCUGUCGUCAUCCAUACAGUCGUCUUCGAUUUUCUCAAAAAGCUGUCAAACUCGUCGUACUGGUGCAUCUUCAACACACACGGGUGGCAUGCAGGAUAGUGCCAAAUUUGGAGGAAGUAGAGAUCCAGAAAAUAUGGGGAAACCUCUGCGAGUGUUGGAAUUUGGUAAGCUUGGCCCUUUGAAUCCAGUGUCAGAGGAGGAUGAUUCAUUCGUGACAAGCGGCACAUUUUUAGAUGAGUUUUCAACGCGCGUUGGUCCACACAGAUCUGCGUCUGCGUCUCAGAAAGACAGCCCUGCAGUAGUGCUCGAGCAAUUUGAUAGAGCACUGGAAACUUUAGACGAGAAUCUGGUCGGACUCAUGCACGAUAUCCAUCAAAACGUCACCAACGUCUCUAAGGCAGUGAUACAGGCAGCAGAAUUUUUCAAAGAGUUUUUACCGGAAGUCUCGACUGCAAGGCUCUCGCACCGUAUUUCCUGCAGUAAGAGUCCUGCUCUCAGACGCAUUACAAAGGUCGUUUUACAUUUCGUCGAUAAUCUGUUAUUUUCGGAUGUGUUCAGCAAUUCUCGGGCUAUCAUCAUCAAGCGCUUCUUGUGCUUUCUCAAGAAAAUCAAUCUUCCUGUUACUGAAGAAAACUCUGAAUUACACACUUUACCACAUCUGAAGAUUUUCUGUAUUGACGCUGAGUGUGAUCUUCCAAGAAAAGCUAAGCUAUCUUCCAUCAUGGGGAAGCUAGCAACGACAGACUCUGCUUGCAUAUCUGAUCAGGAAGGCGCCUUUAUAGCUCCCAUUCUGAGAGGUCUCAGCAAAGCUUCCUCGGUUCUGACUAUAAUGUUUGGCCUGCCGGACCCACAGCCAGAACAUUUCGACAUGAUCAAGGCAUUGUACUCUUUGUUUCCUGAUGUGCAUUUCUAUUGCGUUAAAGACUAUAUACAGACAUGUGCUGAAGUUGCAGUACCUCCAACACUGCAACCAAAACCAAUGCAGAGCUCUGCAGCUUCUCAAUUCCAUCCUCCCUAUCGCCUUCCCUCGGAUGUCAGCUCACCGCCAAUAUCACUCUCAAUCUCGUCUCAAGACAGCGAAAAGAUCACGGGUACACUGGGAGGCUACGUCUAUCCUCAAAUAGACGACAACAACUCUUCCUUAGCACAAUUUUCUGGCUCUACUUUUGCCAUGACUUGCGCUCAUGUGGCACUUGCAGAGUCUCAGGACUAUCCGUAUGUGUCUGUGCCGUCUGCGGUUCUUCAAAAGCAGUAUAAGCUUGCAAUUCUAGAGGAAUCUCAACGAUAUGCUUCCGAUUCUAUGGAGAAGGAUGCUUUCGAGAAGGAGGCGACAAGAAUCGACCAAAACUUGGACUGGCAGAAAGAGAAUAACUUUGGACAGGUUGUUUGGGGGGAACGUUCAGUUGUCGACCAAAAACUCUCAGAUUUUGCCAUCAUAAAAGUGAGUCCGGGUGUACAAUGCUCCAACUUUCUCGGUGAUGAUGUGAGUUUGAUGGCCAAUCCCUUUCUGAGAUUUCAGAAUUUGUACGUUAAAGACAAAGUCUUGAAGAUGAAGCCAGGCGCCGAAGUUUUUAAAAUAGGCGCGACUACCAAUUUUACGAAAGGACAGGUGAACGGCUCCAAGCUGAUAUUUUGGGCUGAUGGGAAACUGAAAAGUAGCGAGUUUGUCGUUGCGUCACCGACGCCCAUGUUCGCAGGCGGCGGGGAUUCAGGUGCCUGGAUCCUCACAAAGCUUUCUACCAAAUUGGGACUCGGUGUGGUGGGCAUGCUUCAUUCUUAUGACGGUGAACAGCGUCAAUUUGGACUUUUUACUCCGAUCGGCGAUAUUUUGGAAAGACUGCACAAAGUUACCGGUGUCGUAUGGGAUAUUAACAAGCCCAGUUAG